AACUCAUUAGUAUUCUUUAAACAAGCUUUUGUAAAUGAGUUUUCAAAGUCAUCUGACAAACUCUCAAUUUUGCAGCAAUUAUCUCUCAGCCAUCCGGCUGUACGUGCAAAAUUGGGGUUACCAGACAAGGGUGCUCCAACUGUUGAUCCUGAAAUAACACCCAUAGAUUCUCCAAUAAAGCAGGGAAAAGUUUCUGUACAGAGCUUAUCCCCUAAAGAACUGCUUGCUCUCUCAGUUAAGCUCUUAGCAAAAGGGCAAAAAGAAAGUGCGAUUCCUUUGCUACGGAUGGCACUUGACAAGGAUCCUGAAUACACGAGAGCUAUGAUCGUUAUGGGGCAGACGCUAUUGCAAAAUGGACAGCUUGUAGAGGCUACUGGAUACUUAGAGGGUGCCAUUUCCAAGCUCAUCCUUGCUGGUGAUCCAACAAGUGUGGAGGAUGUUGAUCUUUUAAUUCUUUCAUCUCAGUGGGCUGGUGUUGCUUGUACACGGCAGGGGAAGAAAGCAGAAGGAAUCGUACACCUGGAGAGAGUUGCAAGUAUGAAAGAACCCGAGGAACCAACGUGCAAAGCUCAUUAUUUUGAUGGUUUGGUAUUGCUUGCAAGUGCUUUAUAUAACGAAGGUCGGAAAACUGAAGCUGCAAAGUAUCUGCGCUUGGCUGCUGCUUAUAAUCCUGCUUACAAUGAAUACUUGGAACAGUGUGAAAAUGACGAGGACAAUUUUGUUAGUGAUCUCGUCAGCAGCAGGAGGGGAGAUUAUUGAUCACAAUUUUUUUUUUUUUUAAAUUUUUAUGGCGCAACGAAAACAUUUUUUUAUUGUUAUUAGUUUGAUUCUGAUUAAAUUGUAUAUGCGAAUAAGCAUAAAUUUUUACUGCGAUUCAUUGUAAUAAUGUCUUUUGAAAUAGUAAGGUCUCAAAAAUCAA